AUGAAAAAGGAGCUUCGGCGCACUUCAGGAGAAGACCCGCCGGCCUCCGUCAUUACCCCCUCCCCUUCCACACAACGACACCCGAACCUUAACCUCUCGGCAGAGGAAAAGCGCGUUUUCUACCAGCUCUUCCAGGCUGCGGACACUACCAAUCUGGGCGUUAUUACUGGCGAAAUCGCCGUUCCAUUCUUCGAAAAGACUCACCUUUCUCCCGAUACACUCGGCCUGAUAUGGCAGAUUGCGGAUAAAGAGAACAGGGGUCUCUUGACCCCGUCAGGCUUCAGCAUUGUCCUGCGCCUGAUUGGACAUGCCCAAGCUGGUCGCGUACCCUCUGACGAAUUGGCUUUGCAGAGUGGCCCUAUUCCUCGCUUCGAUGGUAUUGUGGUUGAUGCGUCGGCAGGCGCCUCAGAAUCAGGAGCCGCAAGCCCUUCCUCCGGUGCUGGAGGUCCCAUCAGGGUUCCACCCCUUCAGCCCGAUGAUGCUAGUAAAUUUGUCGCCCUGUUUAUGAAGUCUGGUGCGCAGGAUGGUCUGAUCAAGGGCGAGAGCGCGAAGCAGAUUUUCGAAGGCGCUGGACUUCCAAAUGAAGUCCUGGGCCGUAUCUGGUCACUCUCCGAUACCAAGCAACGAGGUGCCUUGGAUGCCACGGAAUUUACGAUUGCCAUGCACCUCCUGACAUCGUACAAAUAUGGUACAUUGCGCGGAAUACCCGCAACACUACCACCUGGGCUAUAUGAUGCUGCAGCUCGACGGGGUUCCGGGGCUGCACGUGGGUCCUUCGGAGCACGGCCCGAUGUGCCUCCUGUCCCUGCCAUUCCCAGGCAGUUCACCGGACCUCAGCGAACCACGAGUCCCUUGAACCCAGCCAGCCGUCAACCUUUUGGAGGGUCUCUCUCUGCCCAGGUCACCGGCGGUGAUUGGCUAGUCACCCCGCCAGAGAAGGCUCAGUACGACGCGAUUUUUGAAACUGUCGACACAGCCAAGUUGGGCCUAAUCACCGGAGACCAAGCUGUCGCUUUCUUCAUGAAGGCUCAGCUCCCCGAAGAAACUCUCGCGCAAAUUUGGGAUCUUGCCGAUAUUGAUGCAGACGGUCAGCUCAGCCGGGAUGAGUUCGCAGUGGCCAUGUAUCUCGUUAGACUGCAGCGCAGUGGAAAGGAGCAGCUCCCACAGGUGGUGCCACCUGCUCUCAUUCCGCCUAGCAUGCGCCGUCAGGCGCCCGCCCCGAUGGCAGCUCCCACUCCUCCCCCGGCACCAGCUCCACCAGCUAGAACUGCUGCCGAUGAUCUGUUUGGCUUGGAUACCCCCGCACUGCCAUUUGCCCAGCCUCAAAUGCCCCAGUCAACCGGCGGAUCCAACAGUGCAUUCCAAACCCCUGCCUCUCCAUCCAGAGCAUCCCCCCAGACUGCCUCCAACACUUUCAAGCCUUUUGUUCCAACAUCCACUUUUGGCCAGACUCUUCAACCCCAGGGCACUGGCGCAUCUGCUGGAACUCCGGCAGUCCGCUCUCCCCCGCCUCCUUCGGAUGAUCUUCUUGGUGACAAUGACCCCGAAGAGUCGAACAAACUGACACAAGAGACCACCGAACUGGCGAACUUGUCAAACCAAGUUGGCUCAUUGGCCAAGGAGAUGCACAAUGUUCAAGAAAAGCGGACUUCUGCCGAACAGAACCUCACACAAAGCACUCAGCAAAAACGUGACUUUGAAGCUCGUCUUGCUCAGGCGCGCUCUAUGUAUGAACAAGAGGUUACCAACUUCAAGGCACUCGAAGAGCGCCUCAAAUCAUCUAGGGCCGAGACUACUAAGUUGUCUCAACAGUUUGCUUUGCUCGAGGGCAGCCGGCAGGAUCUGCACAAUCAAUACACACAGGUCUCAACUGCCCUUGCCGCUGAUGAGCAGGAAAAUCUGAGUUUGAAGGACAAGAUUCGGCAAGCAAAUGCCGAGGUGGCUCAGCUUAAGCCAGCCCUAGAGAAAGCUCGCUCUGGCGCGCGUCAGCAGAAGGGACUGGUUGCUAUUAACAAGAAGCAGUUGGCCACAGUUGAAGGCGAACGCGAUAAGAUCCAAGGCGAGAUCGAUGGCUUUGCAACUGAGACCCCGCAGGACUCCCAAAGGUCUGCGACUCCGGCUGGCAGUGUACCCGACGUUUCAAGCCCUGCAAUCUCAACUGCGAGCCAAAACACCAACCCAUUCUUCCGACGGACCGGGAGCGCAAGUGAACAGGCACGAUCGCCCGAUGUCCAAAGUGACCAACAGAAGGCAUUCGACAGCCUUUUCGGACAGUCUUUCGCAGGUUCUGCUGCUGGACCCCCGCCCACUUCGUUCCGCUCUGAGUCACCUCAAGUUGCAGUCAGCUCUCCUCCUACCUCUUCCGUGCCGACUCCAUCUGUGUCUCCGCCCCCAGGAAAUCUGCCUGGCGCAUUUCCUGCCGGCCCUCUAGCUGAGCCUCCAGCCCCUAGUGUGUCCCGCCAAUUGACCCCCAAUUUCCUCCAAUUCAAUGACAGCCAGUCAGUGACCUCGUCUACAAUGGUCUCGCCCCCUGGUAGUCGAUUUGGCGGCGGCGAAGCUUCUGGAUUUGGCACACCAUCCCAGGGCGGAGCUAGUGAGAACGGCGCGCCCUCAGUCGCCGAAUCUAGUGAUUACAGCCGUGCACCUACUUCAGCAGUUGAGAUCACACCCGCGCGAUCUCCAUUUGAAGAGGAGGGACUGGACACUUCCACCAAGUUCCCCGAGGUACCUGCAGUAGGAUCCCAGCAGCCUGAGUCUGCCACGUCCCCCACUGGUCCCCCGGGUGGCAACCAGGAUCUCAGCUUUGAUGAGCUGUUUGGAAGCAAGGCUCACAAGCGAUCUGAAUCACAGCAAGGCAACGACUUUGAGGAGGCAUUUGCAUCUAUGAAGCAACCCUCUGGAAGUGACCAAGCCACUGGCUUUGGUUCUGCUGGUCCUUCUGAAUUCCCACCUAUCCAGGAGCUCCACCAUGAUGACGACGAUGAUGACAGCUCAGACGAUGAGCGUGUCCUGGGAUUUGACGAUAACUUUGCGCCUCCCACACCUGCUGUCACUACACCUGCUGCCACCAAAGAAGUCCAGCCGGACUCGAUUGAUGCUGCCCAACUGGCUGCUUUCCCUGUCCCUGGACACACCCCUCAGCCUCCUUCUCCGGAGGCGCAGCAGAGCCCUCCAGGUUAUGAAGCACCCAAGGAGGACAACACUCAUCUUCCACCCCAAUUUAAUGGUCUUCUGCCUGAGCGCACUGAUCCAACUACCGCUCCGGAUGCGCCCCACUCAGUGGAGCAUGUUACUGGUGCGCCAGUGAUUACCAACGAAACCCAGCGGGACUCAGUCUCGGAAGCUGGUCUCCCCGCAGGUGGGGCUAAGGUGGGAGGACCAGACUUCGAAGCAGCUUUCGCCGGAAUGAACCUUGCACCAGCUGCUGAAGCAGAUGACGACGACGAUGAGCCCGAGAGCCACGCAGUCAAGAACACGAAUGACUUUGACUUCUCUUUUGACUCUCCGGCUCAGAAACAGCAGCCUCUUUCGUCCACUAACACCGGUCAAGGAAGCUCAUCUGAGUUCUUCUCUUUCGACAGCAACCCCCACGCAGGGACGGCCCAGCCCGUUGGAUCUUCCAGUGAAGGCGGAUCAAAGCCAGCUGCCCAUGAGUGGGAUGCCCUCUUCGCUCCCCUUAAUAACACCCAGCCUAGCACCGGCGAGGAGUCACACGAAGACAAGUCUAAGCAGCCUGGAUGGGCCCUGAAUACCGACAAUGGGGAAGAUGACUUGAUCCUACAGCGCUUGACCGGUAUGGGCUUUGACCGAAACGAGUCCUUGGACGCUUUGGAGAAGUUUGAUUACAACCUCGACAAGGCUGUGGACCAUCUGACUUCGAAGGCUUGA